AUUAGCCAGCACGUCUGCACCUAUGCGUUGUAUAGUCAUGACAUGAGUCGUCAGAUUGAGACUCCCCACUAUAUCACCAGGCUAAACCACGACUUUCUCCAGUGCGCUGUUUAUGAUUCUGAUGACUGCAAAGCCCGCCUCAUUGGAGUUGAAUAUAUAAUAUCCGAUCGACUGUUUGAAACUCUGCCUCAAGAGAAGCAAAAGCUUUGGCAUUCCGAUGCUUGCGAGAUCAAAUCAGGCCCCUGGGUUAAUCCCAGGAUUCCAGAAAUGAUAAGGAAACCUGAACUGGAUAAUUUGGCUAAGACCUAUGGCAAGUUUUGGUGCACAUGGCAGGUUGACAGAGGUGACAGGCUUCCAGUGGGCGCACCAGCAUUGAUGAUGCCUCCCCAGGGAGUGAACUUGGGCAAGAUCGACCCGGAGCUGGUCAAGGAGAGGGAUGACAAGUACAACAUCUCGACGGAAGCACUGCAGGGAUCAAGUUCCACUUCUUUCACUGUCAUGGCAACCCCAGAAGCCGUCGUUAAGAAAGAUGUGUAUUCGGUGUGGGCACUUCCACCAGAAGACGUUGCUGUCCGGGUGAAGAAGUUGAUGGAAGGUUUAAGAUCCGAGUUCGGUGGGCCACAGUUCGAGCCCCACGUCACGGUUGUAGGGGCCAUCAGUUUAACCGCUGAUGAUGCGUUGGCUAAGUUCAGGUCAGCCUGUGAUGGGCUCAAGGCUUAUACUGCUACCGUCGAACGUGUGGCCACUGGAACUUUCUUUUAUCAAUGUGUCUUUUUGCUGCUUCACCCCACUCGCGAGGUGGUGGAAGCUAGUGCACAUUGUACUGGCCAUUUUGGUUACAAGAGUUCCACACCAUACAUGCCACAUUUGAGCCUCCUGUAUGCUGACCUGACAGAAGAAGAGAAGAAGAAAGUUCAAGAAAAAGCUAAUAUACUUGAUGAAAGCAUUGGCAGCCUGAGCUUCCAGAUAAGUCGUCUUGCAUUAUAUAAAACAGAUACUGAGGACAAAACUCUCAAAUCCUGGGAGAAGGUUGCUGAAUGCAACCUCUGCCCAAAUUAGCUCUUUCUCUACUGUUACUCAUGCAAAUAGCACCUAAUACAAUGCAUAUAGGUUGUAAUAAGACUGACCUUGUCAUCUUACCUAUAUCAAUAAUAAUGUACCUGUGCAGGUUCUUAGUAA